AUGGAAAAAAGGAAAGAUUUGGGGCUGCAUUCGAGUAUUGAAGACUAUUUAUCAAUGGCCAACCUCCACUCAAGUGACGUGGAGGAACAGAUUUCAAUGUUAAAGUCCCGCAUCAAGUUUUAUAAAGAAGAAAGUGCAAAAAUGGAAUCUGUUCUAUCAAAGCUCCACUUAAUUGAUCACCCAUCGAAAACCCCAGAGGAGCAUUCAGUCAUGGUUCAAAAACUGGCUAACCUCCAAAAAAAAUUUGAUUUGAAAGAACUGACCCCAAACGCUGCGGUUCUGUCUCACGCUGAUUUGCUUAACACACACAACAAUUAUUCUGCGAAAUUAAAUAUUUAUAUUAAAGUGUUUAUACAACUAAAUGAACAACUUGCCAAAAGGAUACAACACUUGAAAAGUGAGUAUAAAAACGCCGAAAAUAAGAUUAACAAAGUCGUGACUUUAACCCCAAAUGAGAUAAAAGCAACAGAAGUGAAAAUAAGCAGAUAUGAGGAUGAGCUAGCUAAACUGGAGAAGAAAUAUCCAUGGUUGAAGAGUGAGGAGUAUAAUUUAGCCCAUUUUGCGAAAGAAAUGAAUUUGCUAAUUAGUGCCAAAAGGGAAAGAGAAGAAUUAGUUAAGGAGUUGAGCCAUUAUCAGGGAUUGAAGCCAGAUUUACAGGAAGCGAGCGAACAACUUGCACUAAUUAAACAGGAAUACGAGGCAAUAAGCAAAAAACUAAUGAAAUGAUGUAAAUGUUAGGUUUAUUUUGUGUAAAGUAUUUCUUAAUCUUAGUUAUGUUAGGCAACACGUUAUACACAUUUGUGGAACUAUCAACAUACCGGGUGACCAAGAAUGACUAUUUCAGUUGGCUACCUGCCAAAAAAAUCGUUAUUGUAUUGUAUUGUGUACCAGAAAUAAAUAUUUAAAUAUUUCCUA